CAACACAACACCGGCCCUUUCCGAGGAGAGACGACGCGUCAAGGGAGAUAGCGAGCACGAGCCCUUUCCGAAAACCUCGCCGCUGCUUCUUCUCCUUCCUCCGGAUUCGGUUCUCCAGCUACCAACGAUGGCGGAACUCAUCGGCAUCAUUGCUGCUUGCUCCUUCUCCACUUAGCUUCCUUCUUCAGCGCGGUUUCCCUCCGACGGCAUGCUCCGCUCCGCUCUCCGCAGGUUCACCGUUCUCCCGGCGGUAGCCGUCUCAGAUCCGACUCCCUUACUCCCUCGGUCAGGAUCGGUUCGGCUUUAUCAUUCUCUUUACUUCCAAUCUCGCUGGUACAAUAAUGGAUCAAACUACAGGGAUCAGAAGUUUCCAAAUCGAGUUUUAGAAGAUGGUGAAUCCUUGCAAUCUCGGUCAUGGAGCACUUAUGCUAUUCCUGCAGCUGUAUUAUUGAUUGCUGGUACAGGCCUGUACAUUCACCAUAAUGAUGAAAAACGAGCGAUUUUAAAAGGUUCAGAACAAAGUGUUAGCUAUGGGAGGAAUAAUAACAAUAGACCAGCUAUCGGUGGACCAUUCAAGCUGUUCGAUACUGAAAACAACACUGUAACUGAGUCAACCUUCCGUGGUAACUGGGUACUGAUGUACUUUGGGUACACUUCAUCACCUGAUGCUGGUCCAAGAGAAGUUAAAAAAAUGGCUGACGUUAUGAAAAUAUUAGACUACGGUUACAAUUUUAAGAUCACACCGGUUUUUAUCACUAUCGAUCCUCAACGUGAUACCCCUGCUCAACUCAAGGCUUAUCUGAAAGAAUUCGAUCCUGGGAUCAUAGGACUAACAGGUCCUGUAUCUGCUGUGAGACAGACAGCACAGGAGUUCCGUGCAUACUUCAAGAAGGUCGACGAAGAAGGCCAAGAUUAUCUUGUUGAAUCGUCGAAUAACAUGUACUUGUUAGAUCCUAAUAUGGAGAUGGUUAGAUUCUUUGGAGCCGAGUAUGAUCCACAACAAUUGGCUGAUGCCAUAAUCAUGGAGGUAAACAAAGGUUCAAGAUGAACUAAGCAGCUAACUGGGAGGUAAAAGGAGCAAAUGUCAUUAAAACCAUUGUUGAUCUUUUUUCUUCGAAGACACUGGACUGGAGAGAUUGUUUCAAACUCUGCUCGCCUAAUUGUGCUUAGAUCAAAUGAGUAAAGGGUGGGAAAGGUGAGAAAUGAAGGCAUUCAGUCACUCCAACCAAGCUCUGAGUUGAAUGGUGGAUGGUGGAUAGUAGGAAUAUAGGGUUUUAGGGUUUAGGGUUUAAGGUUUUGUUGCACUUGCUUGUUCAUUGAAAAGGUUGGGCAAAAAUACAAAGUCGGAGGCUUUUAGUUAUGGCAUCCUAUUUUUCCAAUUUAA